ACUUGGGGUGUCUCAGGCCUGAACGACACAGAGAUUGGGGAACCACUCUGAAGUUGUUAAACAAGAAGCUGGUGUGGAUACUGAAAUUCUGUUUUCUAUUCCUGACAAAAAUCUAUAAAGAUGAACUGGAGUACAAUUUGGGACCUCUGAGGAGAGCAUGUGUCUGGAUCUGAAGUCAACUUGGGACAUUACUCAGCCUUCAGGAGACGGGUGGCAUUGCUUCUUACCUCAAAGAGAGAUUGCAAGUGCGGAAUGUAUGUUGACGGUCGUUCCCGGCGACUGAAGCGAGAAAUUUGCAGUUCAGAGGUCGGACUGUCUUCCCCCAGUGAGUAACCGCCACUUAGUACUCUCCUGGACUGCUGACGGUGAAGUGAGGCCGACAACAAAGCAGAUAUGGAUGUGUUCGGUGGGGCACCACGUUUCUUGGCCUAUCCAAGACCUGUGGUGGUACAAAGUGGAACUGACGCAGUCCUAAAGUGUCAAAUUGGUGGUGAUCCGAGGCCUGCAGUUAUCUGGGAGCGAAACAAUGAAAAGAUUGAUCCACAGGGACGAUACCGGGUCUUUGAGGAUGGAAAUGUUUACAAUCUUAUCAUUUCAGCUGUGACCACAGAGGAUAGUGGCCAGUACAUAUGCAAAGCAAAGAACAGCAUUGGUGAAACAUAUGCAGCUGCCACACUGAAGGUGGAAGGUGAAGCACAAGAGAUGGAGUUACGAGAGGAAAAUAAGCCACGAUUCCUCAUCAAGCCCCUCUCCACUCGCGCCGGUCGUGGGGAUGAUGCUGUCUUCUCUUGUAAGCUCUGGGGAAACCCGCGACCAGAGGUUGUCUGGGAAAAGGAUGGCAGGAAACUCAAUGAAAUAUUUGAAAGCACACAUUUCAAUGUGGGCUUCCAGGACGGUGGAUGGUUCCAGCUCAAGAUCUUUAAGACUCGUGCUCCAGACGGUGGUGUAUAUACAUGCAAAGCCCGAAAUGAGUUUGGGGAAGCGUUGGCAGGAGCUGUGUUGCUGGUUGAUGCAGGCCCAGGACAUGAGGAAGAAGGGAAUCGUAACGGCUACACGAAUGGCCACUGGAAAGGCCAUCAAGGAAAACAGAGGAGUGGUAGGCAAAUGCCAAACCGGCUCAGAGACGACACCAUGACCAAGUCAACUAAAGUGAAAAUGUUUGCAGUGACAGAGGGUAAACAUGCCAAAUUCCGCUGCUUUGUGACUGGGAAACCCAAACCAGAAAUCAUUUGGAGGAAAGAUGGCAGGCUGAUACUGUCUGGAAGGCGUUAUUUGUUAUAUGAGGACAGAGAAGGAUACUUCACACUUAAAGUUCUGUACUGUAAGCAGAAGGAUAAUGGAGUUUAUGUUUGUGCUGCGUCAAAUACUGCCGGACAAACCCUCAGUGCUGUACACCUCUCCGUAAAGGAGCCGCCUGUGCGGUUCAAGCAGCCUCUCAUUGAUCUAGAAGUAUGGGAGCGAGAUUUGGCGAUUCUCGAGUGUGAAGUUCCAGAGGACUCUGUUCCCAUCACAUGGUAUCUGGAGGACAGACGACUGCAGCCAGGGGCCAAAUAUGGAAUGGAGGAGUGGGGAACAAAACGGCGACUAACUAUCCGUGACAUCGGAGUUGACGAUGAUGGGAUUUACCUCUGCGAGAUGCCUGAUGGGGGCAGAAGCAUUGCAGAGGUAGCUGUGAAAGGGACAAUUUUGCGGAAGCUUCCAAGAAAGGUGGAUGUAUUGGAAGGUGAAAAUGCAGCCUUUUGUGUUGAAGUGGAGAAAGAGGAAAUGGACAUACAUUGGUACAAAGAUGCCAUUGAGCUUCGUGAAACGCAUCAGACCAUCCUUAAGUCCUUUGGUCGAACUCACAUCCUAGUUUUCGUCAAUACAAUGCCCCAAGACUCUGGCCUUGUAACUUUCCUUGUAGGCAGAUCCAAGACUUCCUCUCAGCUAAGAGUGAAAGCGGCCAGACAUUGUCCUCCCAGUUGUCCAGUUGCUGUGCAGAUCAACACAGAGCGUGCUAAUGCAGCUCUUCUCUCAUGGGUUCCUGCUCAGGACUCACGAAAGAACCCUCCAUCUGGAUAUGUGCUUGAACGACAGGAAGUGGGCACUGGCUCACAGGAGUGGCUACAGUGCCUGACUACCGACUCUGCCACCUCUGUAGAGAUUCUUGGUGACAGUGUACCAUGUGAGGCUGAUUAUCGAUUUCGCAUCUGCAGUGUGAACAAGUAUGGGAAGAGCAACAAUGUUGAGUUCCCUAGAGCUGUUCACUUGGUUCCAGUUGCCAGAAUACAAGCUCCCUUACAGGAUGCCUUGGUGCCUGAAGGGCAAGAUGCCCUCUUCUCUAUUGAGCUCUCUGCUUCAGUUAUUGGUACAUGGUUCUUAAAUGGUACUCAGCUUCAGGAAGAUGAAAGAUAUUCCAUGCGUCGGUCACGAACACACCAAUCUCUUCGCAUUCGAGGAGUACGGGAUACAGACAAUGGAGCUGAGAUCACAUUUAUUGCCUAUGGCAUUCGGGAUUCUGCAGCCCUGUACAUUCAAGCUCCUCUCGUGAAGUUUUCACCAAUGUCAGAAAUGGAUCGAAACAAAUUUGUAGAAGUUGGGAUCCCCAUCGUGCUCUACUGUGAGCUGUCGGACCCUGCAGCUCCAGUGCACUGGUACAAAAAUGGGGUGGAAUUACAAACAAUGGAGGGUCUGCAUAUCCAAUCAGAGGGCACCAUGAGGAGAAUUGUCAUCCAAUCAGCAGAGUUCUCACAUUCGGGAGUGUAUUGCUGUGAUGCCAUUGAUGACGUCAUCCGGUUCAAUGUGGAAGUCGAGGCCCCACCUCUGAGGUUUUCAGCAAUUCCAGAUGUUGAGAGGAACAAAACCAUCGAACUCGGCUGCCCCAUUGUUUUAUGCUGUGAGCUCUCAGAUCCCUCUGCCCAGGUGCACUGGUACAAAGAUGGGUCAAAGCUCCAUCCUCAAACUGGAGUAGAUAUUCUAACUGACGACUUGGCGAGAAAACUGAUUGUCCAUUCAGCAGAAUUUUUCCACUCUGGGUUAUACUGCUGCAAGACAAAGGGUGACGCCAUCACAUUCAGUGUGGACAUAAAAGCUCCACCUGUGAAGUUCUCAGCAAUUCCUGAAGAAAUGAGGACCAAGUCGAUCGAAGCAGGCUGCCCUCUUGUACUCCAGUGUGUGGUGUCGGAUCCUGAGGCCCACGUUUGCUGGUGCAAGGAUGAAAUGCAGCUCAUUUCAAACACUGGAUUAGAAAUCCACUCAGAGGGCAACACAAGGACAUUAGUUGUUCAGUCUGCCGAGCUGUGCCACUCUGGUGUGUACAGAUGCACCACACAGGAUGAUACCAUGGAGUUUCAAGUGGAGAUCAAAGCUAUACCAGUGACGUACUCGCCUAUCUUUGAUGUUGAGAGAACCAAGUCACUUGAAGCGGGCAAACUUUUGGAGCUGGAAUGCGAGGUUGCAGACUCCACUGUGCCUGUCUGCUGGUAUAAAGAUGGUGUAAAGCUCUCCUCGCAGAAUGAUUGGGAUAUACAGAGUAAAGGCACGGUGAGGAGACUCAUUAUCCCAUCUGCUGAGCUCCUGCACUCAGGGCUAUACAGCUGUGAAACCUCUGAUGACACUUUUCACUUCCCUGUGGAUGUCAAAGCUCCAACGCUGCCGUUGUCGCCCUCGCCAGAGGUUGUGGAGACGCAGUCACUUGAUGCAACCUGCCCAACUGAACCAACAUGUGAAACCUCAGACCCUGCUUUCCAGGUGUCAUGGCAGGAGGAUAAAGAACAUGAUUCUAAUAAAGAGCCUGACUUUGAAAUGGAAGGCAUCAAGAAGACCCUUGUUAUUGAACCAACUCAUCCUUCAAACUCUGGAGCAUACUAUUGUGCAACAGCAGAUGAUGUUGCCCAAUUAAUAGUAAACAAUCAAGUGCCACCUCCGACAUAUCUGCUUGAUCCUGAUGUUGAGAAGACUGAGUCUGCUGAAGCGGACUGCCCAAUUGUUCAGCAAUUUGAGAUUUCAGAUCCCAUUGCCAAAGCCUGUUGGUACAAAGAUGGAACCCCGAUCUAUCCAAAAUGGGAAGCAGACUGUGAAUCACAGAGCAGCAGCCAAGCUGUGCCCCUCCAGUCAUAUGACUUGUCUGAUGACGGGAGGUUUGGCUGUGAAACAUCUGGUGAUGCACAGUUAAAUGUGGACAUGAAAGCAGAGCAGUGUCACUAUGGUGACGAGAUUGGUGAGAUAGCUGAUUCAUCUGUCCAAUACACUGUGGAUGUCGAAGCUACAUCGCCAAGGCUCUCUUCUGACCAAGAAAAGAAGUCCACUGAAGAGGCUUAUGCUGCUGAAGUUGACUGCAUGUCCUCAAAAUGCAAUUCUGGCACCUUCUGUGACAAGAGAGGAGAUACUCAGACAGAUGAAGAACAUUCCAGGCAAAUGCCAACUUCUCAGUCGACAUAUGAACAUAUAACUGACUGGAUUACGACUAAACAGCCAAAGAAGCUCUCCGACAGUCAACGAACUACAAAUGCCCAAUCUCCAGUUUACUGUAACUCUGAAAAGCCAACAAUAAUGCAAUCUGACACACACCAUCACAUGAAUAAGCCCACAGAAUCACAAGGUGAGGAGUUCAUUUACUACCUACAGCAUGCAGAAGCCCCAUCUGAAGAGCCUGAUAAUUCUCUGCAGACAGCUGUCCAGACAGAUGAGAUCUGUCAUAUUCUACAAACUGCAGCUGUUGAAUCAGAGGAAUCCACUCUCAAGACUCUAACUGUCCAAUCAGAAGAGUUGCAUAGUUCAAAACAGAUGCGGACUGUCCAGUCAGAGCUAGCUCCGCCUGUGAAAAUUACCACACUUUGUGAGGCUGAGAGGAACAAGUCUGUUGAAGUUGAUGAACCCAUAGUGCUGCAGUGUGAGAUAUCAGAUCCUAAUGCCAAAGUUAACUGGUACAAGGACGGAAUAAAUCUACACGAAGCAGCUGGGCAAGACAUGCUGGCAGAGGGUUCCAUAAGAACACUGGCUUUCCAGUCAGCGCGGCUGUCUGAUGCAGGGACUUACAGCUGCAAGACAACAGAUGAUGCAAUGCAGUUUCAUGUGGAUGUUAAAGCUCCACUUCCUGUAGAACCACUUCUGACGUUUUCAGCUUUAUCUGAGGGUGACCAGAAAAAGACAGUCAUGGCGGGCUCUCCCAUUGCUCUACAAUGUGAGCUGUCAAACCCCACUGGACAAGUCAGUUGGUACAAGGAUGGAACACAGCUCCUACCUCAAAAUGGAGUAGAGAUCCAGUCAGAGGGAAAUUUGAGGAGUCUAGUUGUCCCAUCAGCAGAGCGGGCUCACACUGGGGUAUACCGCUGUGAGUCAAAAGAUGAUGAUAUCCAGUUUGCUGUGGAAGUAAAAGCACUACCUGUGAAGUUCUCAGAGCUUCAAGAGAGUGACAGAAGCAAGUCCGUCCAAGAAGGUUCUCCCAUUGUCCUCAGCUGUGAACUGUCUCAUGAUUCUUCUGCUCAUGUCGACUGGUACAAGGAUGGGAUGGAACUCCUCCCACAAAACAAUAUGGAAAUACAGUCAGAUGGUCUAACGAGGACACUGCUCAUCCACUCAGCUGAAAACAUACAUAGUGGCACCUAUGAAUGUUCAACAUCAGAUGACACCAUCACGUUUAAAGUGGACGUAGAAGGCCGAUCGCCACAGAUCUUGCCAAUCCCACUGUCAGAAAAAUACAAGAUGAUUGCAGUUGGUUGUCCAAUUAUGCUCCAGUGUGAGGUCUCAGACCCUGUCGCCCAGGUUUCCUGGUUUAAGGAUGAGGUGGAGCUUUUUUGCAGAACUGGCCUUGAUAUGAAAAGAGAUGGCAGCCUGAGAAAAUUAAUCAUUCAUUCUGCUAAAGUCUCCGAUUCUGGCCUCUACAGUUGUAGCCUUGCUGAUGAUGUGGUGACAUACCAUGUGGACGUUGAAGCCGCUCCUGUGAGGUUUGCAGCACUUCCAGAUGUUGCAAGAAACAAAUUUGUUGAAGCAGGCUGCUCAAUUAAGCUGCAGUGUGAAGUCUCAGAGCCAACUGCCCAAGUCUAUUGGCACAAGGAUGGAGAACAACUACUUCCAAAGAGUGAAUAUGAAAUUGAAACAAAAGAACAACUGAGAGCAUUGGUUAUUGCAUCUGCAGAAGUCAGACACUCUGGGGUGUACAGCUGUGAGGCCGCAGAUGACCAUAUAGAAUUCAAGGUGGAUGUUGCAGCUGUUCCAGAGGCUGAGGAGAGCAAAUCUGUUGAAGCAGGCAGCCCAGUCAGACUGCAGUAUGAGAUCUCAGACCCCACAAGCCAGACCUGCUGGUAUGAGGAUGGAAUAAAACACUCGCCAAAAUCGGGAAUAAACAUCGAUUCAGAGGGCAAUAAGAGGACACUGGUUAUGAAGUCGACCACGUCUUCAUGCUCUGGAGUAUACAGUUGUAAAACUGAUGAUGAUGAUGAUUCAGAUUUCAACGAUUUCUGUGUGGAGGUGAAAGCACCACCGGUAACGUUUGCUGAUAUCCCAGAGGAAGACCUUUUCAAGAGUGUUGUGGAACAAGAACAGCUUGUUCUGUCAUGUGAAGUAUCAAGGACUGAUGGUGUUGUCCAGUGGUAUAAAGAUGGAAUUGAAAUGCAACCAAGCAACAAUAUCACAAUGCAAGCAGAGGGCACCAGAAGGAAUUUGACAGUACAUUCAACCCAACUGUCUGACACAGGCACAUACACAUGCCGUGCUGGAGACAACAUUCUAAUGUACAAGGUUACCAUACGAGAACCUCCGGUGUUGAUAAUCUACCCCAAGGAGGAUGUCCACCUGGACCGUCAUGUCCCUGAGGAAAUUAUUCUGAGCUGUGAAUUGUCUCGUCCAAAUGGUGUUGUCAGCUGGUACAAAGACGGCCAAAAGCUGCAGGAGAGUGAGAACAUCAAGCUCAAGGUUGAGGGCCCUUAUCGACGGCUGAAGAUUGUUUCUAGUGGAGUCGAAGAUUCUGGAGAAUACGUCUGUGAUACAGCUGACGCUUCAAUUUUCUUUCACCUUAGUAUUACAGAACCUCCAGUGCGGAUUGUGUCCCCAAGUCAGUCCCAGAUGGAACUCUGCCAGCAAACCUCUGAGAGGAUGGUAUUGAGCUGUGAGAUCUCACGGCCCAAUGCAGUGGUACGCUGGUAUAGAGACGGACUUGAAGUGGAGGAGAAUGACAACCUUAUCUUAGAGGUCGAUGGUGUCUACAGAAGACUCAUUAUACCUGAAACUACCGUCAGAGAUUCCGCCGAAUACGUCUGUGAUACUGCAGAUGACUCUGUCACAUUCUUUGUCAACAUAGCAGAGCCUCCUGUUCGCUUUGUACGUCCAAGGAAGAUGGCAUGUAGAGUUGACAAAAUGGCUGGGGAGACUCUGGUUCUUGACUGUGAGGUUUCUAGAUCAAAUGCCGAAGUCACCUGGAAGAAAAAUGGGGAAGAGGUAGAAGACUCCAGAAAUAUCACCAUCCUUGAGGAUGGUGUCAUGCGCCAAUUAACUGUUCACUCACUAACAGUGGAGGAUGCUGGGCAAUACGUCUGUGAUGCAAAGGAUGAUGUGAUGGAUUUUUACGUAAACGUGCAAGAGUUGCCUGUAAAAAUUAUUGGAAAAACUGAUGCAAAAACUGAAAAGCAGUUCUUGGUAUCAGAUGACAUUAUUCUAGUGUGUGAACUGUCAAGAUCCAGUGCCUCAGUCAGUUGGUACAAAGACAAUCAGCUAAUUGAUGACACUGAGCGAUACUGCAGUGAGGAACAAGGUGUUUUCCGAUCACUGGUUGUCCUAAAUGCUGGGCUUGAAGAUUCAGGAGAGUACACCUGUGAUGCGGUGGAUGAUAGGAUGGUCUUCUACAUCACUGUCAAAGAGCCUCCAGUACAGAUCAUUGGAAACUCAGGCCACCCAGAGCAUCAUAUCCUGGUAGCAGGGGAUGAUCUUAUUUUGGAGUGUGAGGUGUCUCGGCCAAAUGCCACCGUUCAGUGGUUAUGGAAUGGCAAGACGCUGAAACCAGACACUCGUAUAAAAAUUGACAGCUAUGAUGUUGUGAGGAAGCUUGUUCUCUCUGGACUUCAGCCAUCAGACUCUGGAAAAUACGUUUGUGAUGCCUUUGAUGAUAAAUUGACAACAAUUGUUGAGGUCCAAGAGCUACCAGCAGUGUUUGAGAAUAAAAAAGCAAAUAAUAAUGUCUCAGCCUAUGAAAAUGAGAGUGUUACGCUGUGUGCCGUUGUGAGCCGGGAAAGAUCUAAUGUUCGGUGGCUGAAAGAUGGCCAACUAUUGAACGGGGACAACAUUCACAUCUCCAGUGAGGGUAAUACCCACAAGCUCACCAUUAAUCCCCUGCAGCUGUCAGAUUCUGGAGAAUAUGUCUGUGACGUAAAGACAGAUGAGAUGUAUUUCAGUCUUUUAGUCAAAGAAAUGAAGGUGAAAUUUGUCAGACCACUGGAGAACGUAGUGUCUCUGAAGGGCAGCAGCCUUAUAUUACGAUGUGAGAUCAACAAGCCCAAAGGAGAUGUCCAGUGGCUCAAAGACGGCCAAGAAAUCUCUCCAAGCCGUCGGCACACAAUACGGGCACAAGGUCGAGAGCGAAGCUUUACCAUCCACCAACUGGUGGAAGAAGAUGCUGGAGAAUAUACUUGUGAAUCCACAGAUGACAGGACGUCAGCAACUGUCACUGUAGAAACUCCUCGUGUUGUUGAGUUCAUAGCAGAGCUUCGUAACAUCACGGUCCGCGAAGGAGAAGAUGCAGUAUUUAAGUGUGUGGUUUCACCAGAGGACACUCGGUUGGUGUGGCGCUUAAAUGGCAAGCAAGUAGCCCUGAAUGAGCGCACUGUCAUUUCAAGUAAUGGACUAUGCCACAUGCUCUGCAUCCACAACUGCAUGGUUUCAGAUAGCGGCAGAGUGACAGCUGAUGCAGAGGGGUUGGUAUCAGAGGCAGAGCUCCAGAUUCAAGAGCAACAGGUGAUGUUCACCAAGAAAAUGACACCAGUUAAUGCUGAAGAGUACAGUGAGGCUUCUCUAGAGGUGGAGGUGAGUCUGGAUUCAGGAGAGGUUCAGUGGAUGAGGCAAGGUGUCCUGAUCCACCCUGGAACCAAGUACACCCUGAAACACAAAGGCCGAAAACACAGUCUCACCAUCAACAAACUGGCCAUGUCUGACCGGGGCACCUACAGCUGUGAAACCCUUCAUGACCGCACGCAAGCACAGCUCACAGUGGAACCUCGAAAGAUCACAAUCAAGAGAGGGCUGACUGACGUUAAAACCACAGAGAGAGAAACGGCAUCUUUUGAGGUGGAGCUCUCCCAUCCCAAUGUCACAGGCACCUGGACGAGAAACGCAAUCCAGCUUAAGCCGACAAAUCACUUCCGUAUGAGUGCCAAAGGAAAAGUCCACAGCCUCACUAUCUCUAACCUAUCAGUUGAAGACACUGGCACCUUUAUGUUCUGUGUUGAGAAUCUGAAGACAGCUGCAAGGCUUGUUGUGAAGGAGCCCCCAGUGACCAUUCUCAGAAAGCUGGAAGACCAGAAAUUCCCUGACGGGGCAGUAAUCUCUCUUGAGUGUGAGCUGUCAAGACACAAUGUCGAUGUGAAAUGGAUAAAGAAUGGGUUUGAGGUGAAGCCAAGCAAGGACUUGCGCAUUUAUGCAAUGGGAAGGAAACGGUUUCUCCAGAUCAUGAAAUGUCAUGUCAGUGAUUCUGGCAUGUACACCUGUGAUGCUGGAGAUGCUACUACAUCCUGCACUGUGGAGGUCUACGAGCGUGAGCUGCAGAUCCUGCAGGGCCUGGAGGACCUGGACAUCCAGGAGGAUCAGAACGCAGUGUUUGUGUGUGAGGUCUCAGUGCCGGAUGUGCCAGGAGAAUGGUACAAAAAUGGGGAGAGGAUACAACCCACCAGCACCAUCAAGAUCCGGCAGGAAGGGACCAAACAUUUUCUUCUUAUGUGCAAUGUACGAGCAGAGGACUCUGGAGAGAUCAAGUUUAUCACCAGACAUGUUGAAUGUAUCGCUUACCUGGAGGUGGAAGAGCUUCCUGUCAACAUUGUGAAACCUCUGCAGGAUACGACCGCCCUUGAGAAGAGCCGUGUGCUCCUGGACUGCACUGUGUCUAAUCCCAGAUGUAGUAUCCGCUGGUACAAAGGCGCCAAUGUCAUCCUGCCCUCUGAGCGCUUUGAGAUCUGCAGUGAAGGCUGUUAUCGCAAACUGAUCAUCCAGCAGGUGGUGCUAGAUGAUGAGGGCAUGUACAGUGUGCAGGUUGGAGAGUAUACAUGCUCUGCAAAACUGACUGUAGUGGCCCAGUCACAGUUAAUGGUCAGAGAGCUAAAGGAUGUGGAGGUCAUGGCCCCUGAUGAAGCUUGCUUUGAGUGUGAGGUUGCAGUCCCUGUCCCCAAAGCUCCUGUGUGGAGUCUGAAUGGAGAGCCUUUGCAGCCGAGCUCUCAGGUACUCAUGGAGAAGAUGGGCACGGUCCACAGGCUGACCCUCAGACAAACCUCCCCGGACAUGAAUGGAGUGGUGGAGUUCACCUUCGGGAAAGCAAAGAGCAGUGCCCAGCUCCAGGUUCUAAGUGAUCCGUGAGUGACAUCUUCUGUCUGUCAUCACCCACUGACAUGGACUGAUUACUGUAUUGAUGCUUUUUAAUUGUAACACUGACAUCGCUUAUAUAUUUUACAAAACAGUAUGUCUAUAAAAUUGGUUUAAACAGGGUCGUGAUGGAUUUUCAUGCAGUUCAGUUCAAAUUUGGGGAGUGGAUUUUCUUUCAGUAACUCGCCUUUGAGAAUUUUUGAAAAUUUCUGUUCAUAUAUCAAUAUCAUAGUCAGUGUGUGAAUACAUUUGAAAGAGUUCCUUUACCAUAAUACAAAUUGUAGUUUGGAUGUAAAUAAUGUGUGUAAGUGGUCUGACUGUAACCAUGUCACAGAUGCUAAAGCUAAAUGUGUAUUUGUGCCCAUAAAUAUCUGAUUUGUAAAGAUUAAAUGAGUGGGAAGAGCUACAUGGUUAGAAUGAUACAAGAAUGGAAAGUUAAGUGUUCUUCAUUGUUUGAAUUAAAUCCACCCACAUGUGUAAAGACAUUUUGUUUAAUAGGGUCAUUUCUGAGGCCAAAUUCUGAUGUAGAGCAAAUUGAAUCUCUAAAAUGUAUAAUCAUCUUUGUCAUAUUCAUCUGAAUCUUGUGAGGGCUGCAUACACACACUAAAUGUGCAUGUGCUUGUGACAUUUUAAGAUGUUUGCCAGUUACACACAGUAUCUUUAACCAUGGUUGACUUACAAAGUACAAGUGCCUACAGUGUGCCAUUUAUUAAGCAAUAUAAUCUCAUUUGCACUCAGUGUAAUGUUCCCAUAUAUCAGAGCAUGGGUUUGUGUGGCUGUUGUGACAAUGACUCAGAUUUUUGGUCUUAGUUUUCAGUAUUGGCACUUACGAAACACAAUGAUAGUUUCCAGCCGUGUAUCCAUAUCAAAUUUAGAUUUUAGAACGGAUCAUCCGAGCACCAGUUAACAUCUCUUUUCAUCAUGUGUCAGUUGUAUAGAAAUUGUUUUUUAUGUUUCGAUGAAGUUUGAAUGAAGAGAGUUCUGUCUUGCAGCAAAGGGCUUGUAAUGUAAAUACAUUGGGCCAAAAAUCAGGUAGUUACGGAAAGAAAUAGGUUGAGAAAUUACUUGAUCACCUUGAUUGAUAAUCAGGGCAUGCUAGUUUUAUUGUUGAGUGGGUGUCGUGUUUGAACUUAACAGAGAAUGAUAGUCGUUUUCAUAUGAAAUCUGUUCCAUAUUCCAUUUUUCCAUUUGACUUGUUUCCACCUCUGCCAUGUUGUGUUGAGCGUUAGGUAUGUGACAAAAAAGUACUGUUGUGAAUAUGACCUGUUUCAAUAAAACAUGCUUUAUUGAUGCAAGGUAAAAAUAUCUCUAUUUGUCUAUUUUUUUUCUUCCAAUCUUAGCAAUUGUCAGCAGCAGUAUAAGAACUCAACAUGUUUGAACCAGUUUCUUUACUUGUGUCACUUUACUUGUUGCAUACAGUAAAAAAAAAAAA